AUGUCGGUUCCUGAAUAUGCCGGCAUGUCCGGCAAAUCGCUAUCCCGGUCGAUCUCGACCGUUGCGACCAUGGGAUUUCUGCUGUUCGGAUACGACCUGCUAACUACAUCACAAGAGGGCGUCAUGAGCGGCAUCAUUAGCGCAAAGCCUUUCAACACUGUUUUCCCAGCUACGUACAAUGAUUCCACCAUGCAGGGUACUGUUACUGCGAUUUACGAAGUGGGUUGCCUCGCUGGUGCGAUGUUCAUCCUGUGGUUUGGUGAUUGGCUGGGCCGACGCAAGUCAAUUAUACUUGGUGCCGCCGUAAUGAUUCUUGGUGUCAUCAUUCAGGUGACUGCUUAUCCUGGUCAUGUUCCUCUUGCCCAGUUUAUCAUCGGGCGAGUGAUCACUGGGAUUGGCAACGGCAUUAACACUUCUACCAUUCCUACGUAUCAAGCAGAGUGUUCUCGUACUUCGAAUCGGGGCCUGCUGAUAUGUAUUGAGGGCGGUGUUAUUGCCUUUGGUACUCUUAUCGCUUACUGGAUCGACUUUGGAUCGUCGUAUGGCCCAGAUGAUCUCACAUGGCGCUUCCCCAUCGCGUUUCAAAUCGUCUUCGGUGUUGUCAUCAUAGCUGGCAUGAUGUUUCUGCCUGAGUCGCCAAGGUGGCUCUUUGUCAGAGAGCGAUAUGAGGAAGGCGAAAGUGUGAUCGCGGCUCUUCUUGCCAAACAAGUCACCGAUCAUGAGGUUCAGCUUCAAAAGAAUCUGAUAUUAGACUCAAUCAGAGCGUCCGGUCAAGGUGGAAAGUCUACACCUAUGUCUGCUGUUUUUACGGGUGGAAAGACGCAGCACUUCCGGCGUAUGAUGUUGGGUGCAUCUUCCCAGUUCAUGCAGCAGAUUGGUGGAUGCAAUGCGGUAAUUUACUAUUUCCCAAUCCUUUUCGAGAAAUCAAUUGGUGAGACACACACCAAGUCGAUGCUCCUUGGUGGGGUCAACAUGAUUGUCUACUCAAUCUUUGCUACUAUGUCGUGGUUCUUGAUUGAACGGGUAGGGAGGCGAAAGCUCUUCAUAUAUGGGACCAUAGGGCAAUGUCUGUCCAUGGUCAUUACUUUUGCCUGCCUAAUCCCUAACAAACCAUCAACCGCAAAAGGCGCAGCAGUGGGUCUGUUUACCUACAUUGCAAGCUUCGGGGCUACCUGGCUUCCCUUGCCUUGGCUCUACCCAGCUGAAAUCUCUCCAAUCAAGACCCGUGCUAAAGCUAAUGCUCUCUCAACAUGUUCAAACUGGCUCUUCAACUUCCUGAUUGUCAUGGUAACCCCUGUCAUGAUUUCUGGAAUAAAAUGGGGCACAUACCUUUUCUUUGCUGUUGUUAAUGCAUGUUUCUUGCCCAUCAUUUACUUCUUCUAUCCCGAGACAGCUCGGCGGUCUUUGGAAGAGAUUGAUCUCAUCUUCGCCAAGGGCUAUCUGGAGAACAUGAGCUAUGUGCGUGCGGCGAAGGAACUACCUUAUCUCUCUGAUGAGGAUGUCGAGCGCGUCGCCAUCCAGUAUGGUUUCGGCCCCCCAGACGCGGAGGCGAAAAGCGCGAACAGCGGUGACAGUAGAGAAUUUGCCGCUGCAAGGAUUGAAGACAGGACGGAAAGGUAUGCAGAAAAGGGUAUCUGGAACCAAACAGACUAA